AUGGCUUCGAAGCGGAUCUUGAAAGAACUCAAGGAUUUGCAGAAGGAUCCUCCAACUUCAUGCAGUGCUGGUCCUGUUGCUGAAGAUAUGUUUCAUUGGCAAGCAACAAUUAUGGGUCCUCCAGACAGUCCUUAUUCCGGAGGUGUUUUCCUUGUCACUAUCCAUUUCCCUCCAGAUUAUCCUUUUAAGCCACCCAAGGUUGCAUUCAGGACAAAGGUAUUUCACCCAAACAUCAAUAGCAACGGAAGCAUUUGCCUUGAUAUACUAAAGGAGCAGUGGAGCCCCGCUCUUACCAUUUCCAAGGUGUUGCUCUCUAUCUGCUCCUUGUUGACUGACCCAAAUCCUGAUGAUCCUCUGGUUCCUGAAAUCGCCCACAUGUACAAGACAGACAAAAACAAGUACGAGUCAACUGCAAGAAGCUGGACCCAGAAAUAUGCUAUGGGUUAA